AUGGACGAAAUUUCAAUGGUAUCUUAUCAAAUGCUGUGUAUGAUUGACGCACGAUUAAGACAACUUAAAAAUCAUGAAGACGAGUUCUUUGGAGGCAUAAACGUUUUACUUUUUGGAGAUCUGUUACAACUGCCUCCAAUCAAACGCUCCGGAGCUCCUGUUUUCAAACAGCCCGAUCAUCUCCAACCAGCCACACAUCUAUGGCGUUUGUUCACGCUCUGUGAGCUGACGGAGAAUAUGCGUCAGCAAGGGGACCAUACUUUUAUUGAAAUAUUAAAUGCUUUGAGAAUAGGUGAGCUAACCGCUAACCAUUUUAGUAUUUUGAUGCAUAGAGUUAUUGAAAACCCAAGUGAUGAGUUUGCAACAGACAAAGCGUUAAGGGUAUACCCCACUAAUCAGCAAGUAAACAAUCACAACGCUGCUGUUUUAAAUCUGUUCCGGAAUAAAGGAUCUCGAAUUUAUACCAUUAAAGCACAGGACCAACUAAUUGACGCCACACGAAAUACAGAUAAUUUGAAUUUAGCAAAUAUAAUACCAACAGAUAUAAAUAAGACUGGAGGCUUACCAUCAGUACUUGAAAUAUUUGUAGGAGCAAAAUAUCCGACGCACAACAUCCAACGGGGAAAAAGUAUGGUACCCGAGGGUCAAGUGUCAAUGCGAGUAAAAUUGCAAACUGUAAAAACCUCGUUUAAAAGCCACAUUACAGAAAUUGUUUGGCCUCAGUUCCGUCGAACCCAAAUGUACGAAACAGAUGUACCAUCAGUUUGGAUUGACUUUGGCAGAGACGGCAUACACGUUAUACACCCGAAAGCCAUACAGUUUCCAGCAAAAUUCAAUUAUGGUACGGCUGAAAGAAGGAUGUUACCCUUAAUUUUGUCAUGGGCAUCCACCGUCCAUAAAAUGCAUGACAGCACAGUCGACCAUGCAGUAGUGUAUUUGGGCUAA